CAUAUUUUGUUUUGAUUCGGAAUUAUUUUCUGAUAGUAUUCCUCCCUUCAAAAACCACUUUUAUUACUACCUUUAUUGCAUAUAUUCGGUGUCUUUUUUCUCACUUCAAUUCCUUUAAUUAUUUCCUCUUUGUAAUUAUUUUUCUUCAUAUUAAUUCUCAUCCUUCAAGAGAAAUUGCUCUUUAAUUUCAUCCAUGAAGAAACUUAUUCUGAUCAAACUGGAUUUACAAGAUGUUAGGGAAAAAAGAAAGGCCUUGAAGACAGUUUCCGCUCUAACAGGGAUUGAUGAGAUUUCGAUGGAUAUGAAAGGUAAGAAGUUAACCGUCAUUGGUACAGUUGAUCCAGUGAACGUAGUGAGUAGGCUACGUAAGUUUUGGUGGACAGAGAUACUCAUAGUAGGACCAGCUAAAACGCCCGAGCAAGAGAAGAAAGAAGAACCUAAGAAGGAAGAAACCAAGAAAGAGGAGCCACCUAAAGAAGAACCAAAAAAAGAAGAGCCACCCAAAGAAGAAACAAAGAAAGAGGAACCACCAAAGGAGGGAGCAAAGAAAGAGGAACCACCCAAGGAGGAAACUAAAAAAGAAGAGCCUAAAAAGGAAGAAGAAGAGGAGGAUGACGAUGAUGAUGACUAUGAUGAUGAUGACGAAGAAGAAAUAGAAGGACCCAAAAAGGAAGAAGUGAAGAAAGCACAACUACAAUCACAACCACAACCACGUUACCUUCAACCACAAUCACGUUAUCCUCAACCACAAUCACUAUCUUAUCCACAAGCGGCUUAUAGGCCAUAUUAUCCUCCUCCUAUGCACACAUAUUACCAAGUUCACCAUAGCAUAGAAGAGAAUCCUAAUGCAUGCACUAUCUGUUAAACUAGCUUGGGGAGGUGAUCUGAAUCGUUAUUGAUAUAAUGUUGAUGAUCAUAACGGGCUAAUUAAUUUGGAGGGAACAAAAAAACAAAAAAAACAAAAAGUCAUAUAUAUUUAUAUAUAAUUGUGUGUUGUUCUAGCCUUUGAAAUCUCUCUCGAACUACAAUUAAUUAGUUCUUUUCUGUUGAUGAUGAGACUGAUGCUUUUGACCGUCUCAUUUUUGUUGGCUAGCAUUAUUAUUGGAUAAAAGAGAAUAUAAGCUUAAUUUUGUGAA